AUGUCAUCCCCAAGCCCACUAACCCCCCUCCCCCUCCCACAAACCCUCGACCACCUCCUCGCCGCAUGCACCCGUGUCUCGCAGCUCGUCCCAACGGCGUUUGGACUGCCUCCGGAUGCGCUGGAUAAUCUGCGGGGUCAACAUGUCCAUGGGAACAACAGCAACAACAACAGCAACAACAGCAACGACCGAAAUGGGGGAAAUGAAGAUGACGAAAAGGCAAACUACCGCGUUUACAAACGCGCUAUUCGCGUGGAGUAUGAUUUGCAGAUACACGCGCGCGUGCCGCUUGAGCAGUUGCGGGGGACUAUGCUGGGUGGUUCUGGUUCUGGCUCGGACACAGAGUCGGAUGAGGAGAGCAGCAGCAACAACAACAACAAAUGGGGCACUAUCCGUCCAACACGGAAGAGUCUGAUUCAAACGCGGGAACUGGCGGCUGUGCUGGGGGCGGGGGGGCAGGUGUUUAAUGCGUUGGAGAGGGUGUUGAGGGAGUUGGGGGGGUUGUAUCAGGGGGGUGAUGGGA